UAGAAGGGCCCUGUUUUCUCAAUUCAUUUUUUCUUUUCUUUUUCUUUUUCUUCUACCAUGAUCUGUCGUUUCUAAUCAACCAAUUUUCCUGUCUAUUUUCGGAGAAUAUGCAUAGAGCGGUGACAGCUCGACUGCUCCGGCAGGCUCUGAGAGUAGGCGAAGCUGCGCCCUCAACGGGAGUGCCGCUGUAUCUUUGUCCUGCAGUUGCCGGACUAUCGAGCAAGCUCUCGAGUAUAAGUCUGGGCGCAACAAGAAGCAUUUGCCAACGGCGAAGAAACCACACCGAAGCGGUAUUCAGCCACAACGAUUCGAAUCCGACGCCGGCAGUGCCUCAGCCAUUGCAGAAGCCGGUGCGAAGACUGCCAUUGACGUGUUCCGGCUGUGGCGCAUUCACGCAGACCGAAGACCCAGACCUGCUUGGAUACGUGGACGUGAGCAAGAGGAGGAUAAGAGAAUGGCUGCAUCCAGUUGCGCGGCGGACAAGUCCCGUGGAGGGCGAAGAGGACAAGAUUGUCAAUGCUGCGCUGGAGUCUCUGGACCAGAGCAGGCUGAAGGAGCUUGGCUUGGACCCUGCGGCGCUUAUCGAAGGCAAUGAGCCUGAGAGUGUGCCCAUCAACACACCCGUUUGCGAUCGAUGCCAUGACUUGCUGCAUCACAGCACAAAGGGCGAUACCGCCAAGCUCACAAUGUUCCAUCCCACCGUCGAGUCUCUGCGGGAGACGAUCGAGGAGUCGCCUCACAAAUACAACCACAUAUACCACGUCAUCGAUGCCGCCGACUUCCCCAUGUCUCUCAUCCCGCGACUCAACGUGCUGCUGGGCGACAUUCCGCUGCGCACGCGCAACCGCCGCUCUCGAGCCGGCAAGUUUCAGAACGAUCGCAAGACCGAGAUGAGCUUCAUCAUUACCAGGGGCGAUCUCCUGGGCCCGACCAAAGAGAUUGUAGACUCCAUGAUGCCCUACUUGAAGGAUGUUCUGCGCGACGCUUUGGGAAGGCUUGGUCAGCGCGUUCGCUUGGGCAAUGUCAGGUGUGUCAGUGCGAGGCGGGAUUGGUGGACCAAGGAGGUCAAGGAGGAUGUCUGGAACCGCGGCGGUGCUGGAUGGAUGGUUGGCAAAGUCAACGUGGGCAAGAGCCAGCUCUUUGAGGCCAUCUAUCCCAAGGGCAGGAUGGCCGAAAAGCCACAGCGCGCCAGUGUAUCGACGUUUCCAAGAGGCUCGCCGGCAGCUUCCAUGGCACCGGAGGACGCCUUGGCAGAAGACGAGAACUUGGCAACUGUCAACCUCGGAUCUCUUCUUCCGCCUCCCCGGCCGGCUGAGAACUACCCGGACAUGCCCAUCGUUUCAUCACUCCCUGGCACGACCGCAUCUCCCAUCCGAAUUCCCUUUGGUAACGGCAAGGGGGAGCUGAUCGAUCUACCUGGGCUAGCGCGCAGUGAUCUCGAGCUGUAUGUGAAAGAAGAGCACAGGCAAUCGCUCAUCAUGAAGAAGCGCAUCGUUCCCGAGCAGGUCACUGUCAAGCCUGGGUCCUCGCUGCUCCUGGGUGGAGGCUUGAUUCGAAUCACGCCUCGAACACCAGACAUGAUCUUCCUCAUGUACAACUUCACGCCACUUCACGAGCAUCUCACGUCGACAGAGAAGGCCAUCGCAUUUCAGAACCAAACCCACCAAUCGAUUGGUCUCGAAAACAUCACUCUGCCAGGAACCGGAGAUAAGAUGAAGCACGCUGGGACAUUCAAAUUGGACCACGAUGUCACCAAGAAGAGGGCCGGGCCACUGACCAGAAAGAACGCUAUCGGCCUGAGCGUCGACCAGCUACCAUUCCGUGUGCUGUCAGUGGAUAUUCUUAUCGAAGGCGUCGGAUACGUUGAGAUUGUAGCCCAGGUUCGCAAGCGGGCGUUGGAGCGCAUACUGGAAUCCCAGAAUGCGCCAAAGGACGUUGAGCGAAUCGCGAUGCCGAAGGAGGAGCCGAAAGACACCAGCGACCCGUUUUCCAACAUGUACAGCAUGCGGAGAGACACCGCGGCCAAUGACAGGGCCGCGGAGCCCAAGGUGCAGCUGCAGCCCCAGGAGUCAGCAGACUGGCCGGCCGUCGACGUUUACUCGCCGGAGGGCAAGUUUAUUGGGUCGAGGAAGCCGAUCAACGGCUGGCUGAACAACAAGCCACGCGAGCUGGCGGAGCACAAGAGGAGCCGGCCCAGGAGGAGCAUGAAGGGGGCCAAGAAACUGGAGAAGCGGCGAGGGCGUGAGCGUGAGCGCCAAGGAGCUUGAUUUGGGGGGUCGGUGUCACAUGCCAGACAUGAGGGAGGACAUUGAAGAUUGUUGGUGUUGUACGAUAACGUGUCCAUGAUGAAUGUAUGCUGUGCACAGAAGUAGAUUACGACCACACCC